UCUUUCAUGAUUAAAGGCAUCGAAAUAUAAAGGUAAGUUUCUAGGUGCUGGUACAGCUCAGUUUGAAAGCACCUUAAUACAGUAGGAAAGGUGGUAGAAUGAUUGUUAUUAGGCUAUUUGUAGGUAGUCAGUUUAAAUGCCUGACCUAAACUUCAUUGACUUAUCUAAUGAUUGAUUUCUUUCAGAUUAGUAGAUUUUGUUUAACCGCCACCAGAAUCAAACUCAUAAUAAAACAUGGCUAUAACUUCAUUCGAUAUUUCGUGUAAUAUAAAUAAAGUACCAAUUGAAUCAACUUGUUCAGCAAUUAGUUCGAAAGGAGGAAAUUCAUGUCGAUUAUUAAAAAUAAACAUAGCGACGGACAGAAGCUUGUCAAGCAAUGCUAGUAGGCGUACCAAUAAAUCUAAAAAGAACAACUCCCGGUCUCCGUAUCUGGCUAACGACAGAGUUCAAUUACUUUCAAGAGUUACAGAAAAACGAAUGGUUCAUCAAAAAACAACUGAUAUUGUUUCGUCUUUUCCGUUGGCAGUAAAUAUUUACAAGGCAAGUUCUGAUGAAUUCAAAUCACCAAAAAAAGUUAAGAAAGUUAAAAAAUCUGUGCUAACUCUUCCAAACGAUCCGGCUCCAACGCCACAAAUAUGCACAGUAAGUGAUAUGAAUGAUUCGGAAUAUUGCGAAAAACUGAGCCUAGAUCGCAAACAGAAAGUAAUUAAAAAGCGUAAUCCAACUCAAAAUAACAGGAAGACUCGAGUGCGACAAAAAGAUUUUGAAUUUUUCGACAGAGACGCACGAUUUUGUUCCCAAUUAAACAUAGAUCUAGAUUGUAGCUCGACAGACAUGCUGAAAAAUUUCAAUGGAGACGGCAGUAAAGUGUUCACCAAGAAAAAAAUAUCAUCUUGUAAACCUCAAUCAGGUAUAUCUGGAAACCUGAGUGAUGUUUGGACCGUGCUUAGAAAUAUAAACAAGUUUCAGUUUAGGCCAUCACCUCCAGCGUCGGAAGAAAGCAUCAUACCAGUAAAAAAGAAAUCACAUAAAAGAAGGCCACAUCGAAAAGAUGCACGAGUGAUUGAGACUUGUCAUACCAAAGAGUUUGCAUACAUAUCUAGUUACGAAGUGGAUGAUAAAUCUCCCCGUACUUUCUCCCCAUCCUCUAGUGCAGACCGAAUCACGGUUAUUGACAAACAAAAUGAAUUUAGUAAAAUAUGCAAAGAAUUUGAGAAACGACUUCUUAAAACGCAGGAUUUUCUUAAAGACAGUAGUAAUACCGUUAAUACAAAAAUUAAAAGUCCGAAACUUAAAAACCGGUUUAAAAGCCCCAAAAAGAAUAUGAAAGCUAUAACUAAUGUUGGAACAAAAGAACAUAAACCUACUUCGAAAAAAAAGAAGAAGAAAGCAAAGCGUCCUGUCGAUCAACAAAGUAAAAAUGCACCAACUAGUAGCAGUGGAAAUAGAGAUUCUCUAUUGGAUGCUGAAACACUGAAACUCAAUUAUAAUUCUGAUGUAUCAUUACAUAAAGCUGAAACAAAUGAUAGUACGUGCCAUACUAAAGGAAGCUUCGUUUAUUCAGAUUAUUCAGGUUCAAGCAAAGCUGAACUACAACAGAAACAGCAUGAACAAAAGAGUAUUGGUGAGAAAUCAAAUGUAAAUUCUGUUUUGCUAGUAAAUAACUCAUCUCCAGUAUGCGUAACCAAAGAGCAAUUGUUGCCUACUAGUUCAAUCUUACCUAAACAAUGUGAUCCUCCUAAGGAAAGGAAACCACGUUUGGUUACUACAAUGCCGAGUUCAUGUAUAAUGCCAAAAUUAACACAGACUGAAGUAAAAAGAAGACUGGCGAAUAUCAGGUUUCCAAUCGUCGUCUUAGGAAAAGAUCAAGUCAGUUCAGGUGUGAAGGUACUUGAUUACGAUCCACCACAAUUCAGUGGCUUAGAAGACCACAUAUGGCCAUUUAUGGUGGAUUGGUAUUCGAAUAACACUAAAAAGGCCUUACAUCACAAUAGCACUAUAAACAAAAAAAGUGUUUCUUUUGUGUCGGACUCAAAUUCAAGUAAGUCGCGCAAAACCAAUAUAGAAGUAACCAUACCCAAACCAUCGCCGGUAACUUGCACGGACAAGAAAACUGUAACUAUUGUAACAGCUCCUGCAAAUAAGAAGAAAGUUGAAGUUAAACAUCCACCUUCUACUGACAUAGCUGUUAAGUUAUUGCAAUGUUCUAAGAAGCAAAAAUCGAUUGUACAAUUGAAAGACAAAAUGUUGAACUUUUUAUAUAAAAAGACUUCAAAUCGCACCGCUAAUUCAAACACUGAUCAAAAUGUUGAAAGCAAAUCCAAGUGCCCAGUUAUCACCGAAAAUAAAUUGGUUACCACUGAAAUUGAACUGAAGCCUACAAAUCCUUCGGUUCUUAAUGAUGUGACUAAGAGAAAAGCUGUUCCUAACUCGUUUCCAGUGGUGGGGAGAAACAAGAAACCCCAAAUUUAUACAUAUCCUUGGGCCAAAGCGAAAUGGGCGAGUGAUUUCAUAGAAAAUGUUAUAAGGAAAAUACGAAACGGAGUUUAUUACAAUCAAGAACAUAAAGAUUUUAGUCAGAUAUUUCCAAUUGAUUUAAAAGAAGUCUCAGUACAAACUGGAUCAUUGUGCGAUUUUUCAGAUUCUACACAGAGUUAUGAUAGUGAUACAGAUCUUGUGCAUGAUCUAAUAGAACUUCCUAAUAUACCAGGGUUUAAUCAUACACAACCUGUACUUGAAAUCAAAACGCUAAAUACAAACCAAAUUGCAGUGAAACACUGUAUGACGAACGUUAUGGUGCAGUUUGACGUAACAGUUCCAGCUAAGGACACCAAAAGUACUACUAGUAUCACUAAAACUUUACCUUUAAUCCCAUUAGAGGUAACAGAUAGCCAUACGAAAGUAUACAAAUGCAAAACAACCAUUUUUAAUGGUAUGUUACCUGCGGAGAUAUGCAGUAUUCUACCGAAAAUGAUGAACAAUAUCAUCAAUUCAACAAAUACAAAUAUAAGCACAGAAAACUCCUUCACAAUAUGUCCAACAAAAACAGAGUCCUGUUUAUCCACGAUAACGGAACAAGCUCGGUAUGAAAAUGCUGAAUCCCUGAAUUUCAAAAUAUUAAGUGAUCUCUCAACAUCCAAAUUGAGAAGAAGUUUCGAAGGAAGUUUUUCAAAUAAAGCCCUGAUUAAACCAAUAUUUAAGAAAAACGUUUUUCAAAUUGAUUACAACAGUUGUUUCGUGACCGAUCUAUUACCCCAGGUUUCGUUGGACGAUUUACUGCAGUAUGAAGUGAGUCCAAUAGCUGUUGAACUGAACAGUUGCAAAUAUGAACAGUUGCAUUUACCUUCAAAUGGACCCGUAACUGAUUUAGUACCACCUACUUGCACUACUUUGGCAAUGUACACUACUACUACUAACAGAAUAACUGCAGCUUUCUCAUCCUGUGAUCUUAUUGAUAUGAUGAAAAGUUUAUGGUAUAAUUACAACUUACAAAUACAUUUCAAUUUAUGCUCUUAUUUCGAAAUGCUUCAACUGCAAUAUGGUGACCAAAAUAUUAAAUUAAAUGUGUCGCUGACAAAUUAUAAUGCUGUACUAAAAAAUGUCGCAGUAACUGUAAACAACGUGAAAAUUGAUUCAUUGUUCAAAGCAUCGCCAAAAGGCAAUGUCAACAAAAGAUUACGAGUCAAAGCUCCUAUAAAAUGUAUAGAAUACGUAAAUACAGUGCUAGCAAACAAAACUAAGAGCACAGAAGUAAGCCAAGUUACAUUUAACAAAGUCAAAAGAAAAGGAUUAUAUAAACUUUAUAGAAAAUGUAAAUCAACCACUAAUAUACUGAUAUCAGGGGACAAACAUCCUUAUACACCACUAAAUAAAAUCACAACUAUGGAUGAAUUCUUCCAAGUUCUUGGAUCCAAAAAAUUGCUUUCUAGCGUCUUUGAUGGGUAUUCUUCAGAAAAAAUUUUGUCCUCGAUAUUGGAGAUGAAGAAUUGGAUAUCUGAAAUAAACGCGAAGCAGGCCUUACUGAUUUUAUUACUGACGAAUAAGAAAGAUACGCAGAAUUUAGUGCGAUUCAGGCCAAUAAUUCUGCAGGGUAUCGCAGUUAACAGGAUCACUCGAGCUACUGAAUUAGACAUGGAGAUUGAAGUCAUUGAAAGAGAAAAUUUAAAUAAAUUUUCGCAGGCUUCAGAUUAUCAAAGACCUUUUGAUGAAUCGUCAGAAAGGCUUCUGAAGUCUUUGUUGGAGAAACGUAAGAAGUUAAAUCCAUCGUAUCUCAGAGUAAUGGCACGCUAUGUGGGCCUCGGACUACUUAAACCGCCGGCAAAAUGCUAAAAAUUAAAACGUGUGCUGUUUUAAAUUAUUUAAUUGACAUAAAUUAUUGAAGUUUGUGAUAGUCUGAAAUUGACGAGUGGUUUGUAAGUAAUAUUUAUUUUAUAUAUCUAUUUAUGGUAAUAAAUAUUUUAUAAAGUUAAAUGCCACUU